AUGGUAGAAGAGGAAACACAUUAUGAGGUUAAGCGAAUCCUCGAUUCUAGAAUCCAGAAAGAGAAAUUUCAGUACUUAAUCCAGUGGGAGGGUUAUCUGAUGUCAGAAGCUAGAUGGGUAAAAGCCCAGCAUAUUCAAUACCGGGGACUAUUCCAAAUGAUCCUCGUGCUGGGAAUAGGGGGCAGCUUCCCUUAUGGGUUUCACAUUUCUGUAAUAAACUAUCCUUCCAAGCAUAUUAAAAAAUUCAUUAAUGAGACCUGGCUGGAACGACAUGGCUCACCACUGCCUCAAGAGAAUGUUAUCUUGUUGUGGUCCUUCAUAGUAUCCAGUUACGGGAUUGGAGGACUCGUAGGGAGUAUCUGUUGUGGAUACCUCACCACAAAAUAUAGAAAAAAGAAGUGCCAGAUGCUCACCAACCUGAUCAUGCUGACUGCUGCCCUGUUCAUGGGGUUCAGUAAGAUGGCCAAAUCUUUUGAGAUGAUCCUCCUUGGACGCCUUCUAUAUGGGAUUGGCAUUGGGUUUUCUUUCAAUAUACAUCCUCAAUAUGUGGGAGAGAUUUCACCAAAGAAGUUGCGGGGAUUUACAAAUGCCACAGUCGCCAUUUUUCUGACACUCGGCAAAGUUGCAGGACAAAUCAUUGGUCUUGGGGAAAUUUUGGGCUCCGAGUCCUUGUGGCCCCUGCUGUUGGCUUUUAGUGGGCUCACAGCCACAAUCCAGUUGGUGAUGCUCCCAUGCUUUCCUGACUCCCCACCGUACCUUCUGAUACAGAAAGACAAUGAAGAGGCUUUCCUGAAAGCCAUCAAACAGCUCUGGGGUGAGGGUGACCAUCAAGCUGAGAUUGAUGACAUCAAAAGGGAAAAGGCAGCCAUGUCUUGUACGAAAAGUCUCCGAGUCCUGGAAGUGCUAAAGGCCCAAUCACUGCGCUGGCAACUGUAUGUGAUGAUCACCGUCAUGAGCACUCUGCAGCUGUGUGGCAUCAAUGCAAUCUACUUCUACUCAUUUGAAGUUUUUCGCACAGCCCAGUUUGAAGAAUCCCUCAUUCCAUACAUUGCACUGGGUGUUGGCAUCUGCGAGUGCCUCUCAUCCAUUCUGUGUAGUUCUCUGAUUGAGCAUUUUGGGCGGAAACUUCUACUAUGGGGAGGAUAUGCUGCGAUGGUGCUGGUGCUGGCUGCACUCACAGUAACCCUUUCAUUCCAACAUCGCUUCUCCUGGAUGCAUUACUUGAGUGUCAUUUUCAUCUUCCUCUUUGUCAUCUUCUAUGGAAUUGGACCUUCUGGUGCCACAAUAUCAGUUAUGGUGGAAAUCUUCAAUCAAACAUACCGUCCAUCUGCCUUUGUAAUUGUAGGAUUUAUCAACUGGAUGGGGCUCUUUCUGCUUGGGAUGAUCUUCCCAUUCAUUGUGGAAUAUCUUGGUCCCUUCUGCUUUCUGAUUUUUAUGGGGAUCCUGGCCAUUUCAAGUGUAAUCAUCUACUUAUAUCUUCCAGAAACAAAGGGAAAAUCUAUUCUUGAAAUUACAGUGGAGUUUAAUAAGCUAAAUUAUGGAAAGAAACAAGUUUUUCUCACAGAAAAUAAUUCUCCAAAGGAAACUGUACUUUGUACCAAACUUUAACUCUUGAACUGCAAAAUCUCUGUAUUUUGAGAACUGUACAGCACAUAAAAUUUACUAUUCACAA